AUGGAUAGAAAUAAAAUAUGUAAAAUCAAUGAUUGUGUACUCCCAAAUGACGAAAAUGGCAAAUGUACAACAAAAAUUGAUAAUUGCAUAUAUCUAUCAAAUGAAAAAUGUAAUGAAUGUAAAAGAAAAUAUUAUCUUACAAACAAUAUAUGCAACAACAACAACAAAAAACCAAAUUGUAUAUUACAAAACAGUUUUGGGUACUUAAAAUUAACGUGUAAUCAAUUUACAAGUUAUGGGAGUGGCUGUGUUGUGUGUAAAGACGGGUAUUAUAGAGUUGGACUUGACUGUUUUGAAUGUGAUCAAAAAUGUAAAACAUGUAACAAUAAAUACAGUUGUCUCACCUGCAAUUUAACGAAUUACAAAACAAAUAGUGGUGACUGUUUACCACAGAAUGAUAUCAUUGGGUGUGCUGUGAAUGUGACACAAAGUGGGUGUUCAAGGUGUCAAGAUGGGUAUUAUAUAAUUAAUACAAAUGAGUGUCAAGAAUCCAAUGACAACUGCAAUACAUGUGCGUUAUCAAGCAACAAAUGUACUUCAUGUAAUAAUUCACAUGUGUUAAUUACCAAUGGAAGUUGUGUUGAUGUAUCACGAAUAUUCAAAUGCAAAGAAAUCACAAAUUCAAAAUGUUCAAAGUGUGUUUUUUGGUACAUCACAAGUAAAGAUGGCACAUUGUGUGAGUUACAAAUAGUUUGGUGGGUUAUUUUUGUUGUAGUAAUGUGUGUACUUAUUGUGUUUAUUGUAUUAAUUGUGUCAAUUGUCAUUAUAACGAAAACAACAAUUAACAAACUUCACACACAUGAAAUCAAUAAGACAAUAACACUUUUUGCAAUGAACAAAUCCAACAUCAACUUUGUGCCUCUUCAAGGCGGUGUCUGUGUUUCAUCAAAUGUAAUUGACUUGAAUUCUGACAUCGAGCAAAUUGAAGUUAACAAAGAUACCCGGCAGGUGUUGUGUGUAGGUAACACAAACAAAACCGCCACCAAAAUACAGUUCACAAUUUCAUCGAACAUCACAAAGUUUACAAUUUGUAUUGAUCCAGAGGUUGUCACACUUAAAAGCGGCUAUGCAUGCGAGUUUUCUGUAUAUGUCAAGCCAUUAUGUUCUUGUAAUAUCAACAGCACAAUCCAAUUAGUUUCUAAAAAACUUAAAACAAAUGAAGAAAAAUACAAUGAAAUCUCACUUAUUGGUGUGACACAACAGACUACUCGAAUUGAUUGCGACGAAUUGAUAGAAGACAAAAAACUUGGUGAAGGCUCGUUUGGUGUUGUCUACAAAGGGAGUUAUAGAAGAAAUGUUGUUGUUAUAAAAAAGAUGAAAAGUGUUUUAAAUGAUAAUGGGGCAAUGGAUGAAUUUGAAAAAGAAGUUGCUCUGCUUGAUAAAUUUAGGUGUAAGUAUAUAGUUCACUUCUAUGGAGCAGUGUUUAUACCAAAUAAGGUAUGUAUGGUCACUGAAUUUGCACAAUUUGGCAGUUUUCAUGAUUUGAUAAAACACAAAACAAGUGAUGAAGUUAAUAUGAAUGUAAGAGUUAAAUUCAUGUUAGAUUCAGCAAGAGGAAUAUUGUAUCUUCAUACAAACGAAAUAUUACACAGAGACAUCAAACCAAACAACAUUCUCGCAUUUACUUUAGAUUUAAACGACAAAGCAAACGCAAAGUUGACUGAUUUUGGAUCAUCAAGAAAUGUCAACAUAUUGUUGACUAACAUGACAUUUACAAAUGGUAUUGGAACACCAGUAUACAUGGCUCCGGAAGUGUUAAAAUUGGAGAAGUACAAAAAACCAGCUGACAUCUAUUCCUUUGCUAUUACUAUGUUUGAAGUGUUUGGAUGGUCUCAAGCAUACCGAAUUGACACAUUCAAAUUUGCUUGA